UCAUCUAUCUUUUUCUCUUUCUCGCUUUCUUUCUUUCAUAUAUACAUACAUGCAUGCAUACAGAAGGUGAGACAAGCAGAAAAUGGUGGAAGUCAAGAAGCAGAGGAAGUGAAAGCCACUACUAACCUUAAGUGCAAGAACUGUCCUGUAUCUGUCAUACAGGAAAGCAUGCGAGUCGGGUGAAUCACAGAAGAAACUAGUUUGUCUUCAGGUCAGCUAACGAUACCGCUAGAGGCGCAGAGCAAUGACGGGGAACAACUCCUCCUGUGGCUUUAUAGCCCAAAAGCAGCUGUUACCUUUCAUGUAUAGCGUGGAGCUGUGUGUGGCUCUAUUGGGGAACAUAUUCGCCCUGUGGAUGCUGGCGACGAGGGAGAGGAGAAACUGGCACACUGGAGUGGUGUUCUCCUGCAACCUGGCCAUCAGCGACAUCCUCUAUGUCCUGACCUUCCCUCUUCUCAUCAACACCUAUUUAAAUGACAGAAAGUGGAAAUUCACUGAACCUGUCUGCAAAAUUGAACGUUUCCUUUUCGCCUGCAACCUUUACGUCAGCAUCUAUUUCAUCAUGUGCAUCAGUGUCAACAGGUACCUGGCCAUCGUCCACCCCUUUUUCACACGCAAACACGUGCGUCCCAAACACGCCAAGAUCGUCAGCGUGCUGGUCUGGGUCACUGUGGCCGUCCUCUCAAGUCCGAUCCUCAAGUUUGCAACCAUCGAAAACGAACGGUGCAGGUCAUUCUCAAGCAAAGCAAAGAGUUACAAGGGCGGCUACAGGGUCUUUAUGGCUGUCGUUGGCUGCCUUGUUCCAUUUGUGGUCACAUUCACGUCCUAUUUUUGUGUGAUAUGGGCAGUUUUAAAAAAUGCCAACAUCACCACACUGGAGAAGAAAAAAGUGGCUCUGAUUGUGGCUUCGGUCUGCAUAAUCUAUUUCAUAUCUUUUGUGCCCUACCACAUUCUGCAAAUAUGGCACUUUCAGCUGAAGGAGAAUAGAAAAAAUGACUGUGCGGUGCAGAACGCAUACCAAGUGUCAAAGGGACUGGCAGGUGUUAACAUGUGCGUUCACCCCAUCCUCUAUAUGGCCGUGUUUGAUAGUAUCAGGACAUUUUGCUGUGGAAGGAGCUCCAAUAAAUAGGUUCCCUACAUAUUUUCUGUUCUACAAGCCUAACAGUACAGCUACCAUUCUUCAUCUUAGAUUCACAGUCGUAUGAAAAAAAAUCAGCUAUUUGCAGCAUAGUUUCUAUACGGACUGCAUGGACUGGGGAGGGAAUAGUACAUUGUGAAAUGUUAAUACUGUUUAUAUACAAAACAGUGUGUGUUUUAAAGAUGCUUGUCCUCCUUAUAAGCUGGAAACAUCAAAGGCAGUGACAUCACUGACUUGUGAAUGACAUCACGCUGAUUUUCCAUCUUACUCUAUAGGGAAUAAAUUAAACAUAAUAUUUUCUUAACAAUUUUAGUGCACAAUUUCUGUUUAAUUGCUGAAUUUAACAUAAUGGACAAAAAUAAAAAUGCCCUAACCUUUGCACGGGCCAUUUAUGUGUUGCCCUCAAUACCUUAAUCUCAGCAUAUAAACAGUGAUUGUGUAUUAAAAUGUGCUGAAGUGUGUCCCUGUAGAGGAUGUAUUAACUAAGUUCCACUUAGAAAAUCUACAAAACCUGUAACCGGACCAGGGUCGCCCAAACUUCAGCAUACAACUGUACCAUGGAAUGCUCCUACCUCCUAGCUUCAGCAAGAUUAUGGAAAAAAUAUGUAAUACUGUGUAAAUAACAUGUAACUGUCAUUUUCUAUUUUUAAGUGCCAUUUCUAUCUAUAUUUCUGGUAAACUUUCAUAUUAGUUAAUUAAUGACUGUAUUUAAUGUCAUUUUAGUCUCUGGUGAGUAAAAACUGAAGCAGGAUCUCCUAUUUUACACCUAA